AUGGUAUAUCUAUCUAUCUAUCUAUCUAUCUAUCUAUCUAUCUAUCUAUCUAUCUAUCUCUCCCAUUUUCUUCCGAUAUAUAUGGCUAUCUAUCUCAUUCUGUUGAUAUCUAUCUAUCUAUCUAUCUAUCUAUCUCUCUAUCUCAUUCUGUUGAUAUCUAUCUAUCUAUCUAUCUCUCCCAGUUUCUUCCUAUAUAUCUGGCUAUCUCUCUACCUAUCUCAUUCUGUUGAUAUCUAUCUAUCUAUCUAUCUAUCUAUCUAUCUAUCUAUCUAUCUAUCUCAUUAUGUUGAUUAUCUAUCUAUAUAUCUAUCCUAUAUAAUCUGUCUUUCCGACCCUAUCUAUCUAUCUAUCUAUCUAUCUAUCUAUCUAUCUAUCUAUCUCAUUAUGUUGAUUAUCUAUCUAUAUAUCUAUCCUAGUAUAUUUAUCCAUCUAUCUAUCCAUUAUAAUCUGUCUUUCCGACCCUAUCUAUCUAUCUAUCUAUCUAUCUAUCUAUCUAUCUAUCUAUCUAUCUAUCUCUAUUUGUUUAUCUAUCUGUCAUUAUCUAACAAACGUAAAUGUGUUUUUAAGAAAAAUAGGAACUACUUGUUAACCGAUGCUUAUAACCAGAAAAAGAAUAAGAAGGAUAAAAGAAUUUAA